AUGGUCUCCGAGAGCGGGGAGCUCCGCAUCAAGUACUCCUUCCUUCGGAAAGUCGCAUGCGUCCCGACCAAGUUCCGCCUCGCGAGGCUGAUCGGCUACUACAUCGUCCCCAAUCAAUCUCGCUACCUCGUCUACAACUUCGUCCCCAAUGGGUACCCCAAAUGCUGGAUUUUCCCCCCAAAAAAUGGGGGAAACGAAAACCCUAACCCUAGGUGCUUGAGAUUCGACCUCAGGUACAGAGUCGCCAUCGAAGUCGUGAAGGCGUUGAAUUACCUCCACAGCGACUGCCGGUCCAGGAUCCUCCACCCCGACGUCAAGCCGGAGAAUAUCCUCCUCUACGAGAACCACCAUGCGAUCAUCUCCGCUUUCGGGCUCUAG